GAGCUCUACGCUACACCACAGUGGAUGGAUGCGCGCGUGCAGCAGAAGCACAACCGUGGUCUUUUCCUCGCGAAGCAGAAGAAGUCUGGCUGGUUUCAAGAUGGCCUUAAAAUGAUUCUGGCGGCCAGCUCAACGCAGGACCAAGAAGCGUGUGGACGGAUGGAAACGAAAGCGCACCCGUGUGGAUAUAUAUCGUGUGGAUACAGCCACGAGGGGAGAGAAGCAAUGUAACCUGGGCUCAACGCAACGGCGGCGGCACCUGACACCUAAUGCUCGGGGAUUUUUUGUUUCCCUACCGUUUUAAAAACGACCCCUCCAUGUGGUGACUUUACCCCCCUUGCUUCCCUGGAUAUUAAUACGCACUUGAGACAAAAUGAGCGAAGAAGUGUCAGAGGUCCCUAAGGAGCUCCAGGAGAGUGUGAGGGAUGCCAUAGGGAGGAAGGUGAAGCUCUCGCUGAGGAGGAGGGUCAAGCUGGAGAUCAAAGGGGACAAGACGGAGAACAGAGUUCUGGCAUUAUCGUCCCAGAGAGCCUACCUCCUGACAGCACGUAUCCCUGCCAAGGUGGAGCAUGCCUUUAAUUACCUGGAGGUCCAGGGCAUCGCGUGUAACAAGCCUACACAGCUUUCCGUGGAAUACGAGCGCGGCUCCUUCUCCCUGAAGCUCCUGUCAACGGAGGAGGUCAACGAGGUCGUGGGUCACAUCGGAAACUGCAUGCUCAGGAUAUGUCCUGGGCUAGCACCCGGCAAAGUGAUGAAGAAGCUCACCAUGGAGCCUCCGGAGAGGCUGACCGCCCUGCAGGCACUAUGGGACGACCAGGCUGUGGACACUGGACCCUGCGGUGGGUUUUCCCAGAUGUACAGGUGUGUGUGUGACUGGCUGGGACUCCCCUACCGAGAGGAAGUGCAAUGGGACGUGGACACCAUCUAUCUGAGCCAGGACUCCAGGGAGCUGAACCUGCAGGACUUCAGCCAUCUGGAGAACAGGGAUAUGGUGGCCAUAAUAGCAGUGCUGGAGUUCAGCCAGUGGUUUACCAAACUCUCCACCAAGGACUAUAAACUGUCUGCAGAUGUGUGUGAGCAGAUCCUACGGGUGGUGUCUCGUUCGGCCCGCCUAGAGGAGCUGGUCCUGGACAACGCAGGACUCAAAACGGACUUUGCCCAGAAGCUAGCAUCUUCCCUGGCCCACCACCCCAACUCAGCCCUCACCACCAUCAACCUCUCCAACAACCCGCUGGAGGACCGAGGUAUCAUCUCCCUGGGGGGUCAGUUUGCCAAACUUCGGAUUGGACUCAAGCAUUUGAACUUCUCCAAAACCUCCCUGUCACCCAAAGGGGUGAACAGCCUUUGCCAGUCACUGAGUGCCAACCCGUCCAUCCCCAGCAGCCUGGUCCAUCUGGACCUUUCAGGGAAUGUCCUCAGAGGAGACGAGAUGCAGCAUUUCUACCACUUCCUGGCACAGCCCAACAGCCUGGUCACCCUGGACCUCUCCAACACCGACUGCGCAUUGGACCAGGUUUGCUCGGCUUUGCUGCGAGGGACGCUCCAACACCUGGCCGUCCUCAACAUGUCCAAGAGUGUCUUCCCUCACAGGAAAAGUAAGGAUGUGCCCCCGUCGUUCAAGCACUUCUUCAGCAGCGCCUUCUCUCUCAGCUCCGUCAACCUCUCGGGGACCAAGCUACCCCCCGAGGCCCUCAAAGCUCUUCUACUGGGCCUGGCCAGCAACCCCAACAUCAAGGAAGUCACCUUAGACCUGAGCUGUUGUGAGCUUGGCCAUUGUCUUCGGUCUGGAGGGUCUCAGAUUCUAGAAGGUUGCAUUGCGGAGAUCCCGAACAUCUCCAGUCUCGACAUCUCAGAUAACGGCCUGGAUUCAGACCUUUCAACUCUGCUGGUGUGGCUGGCAAAGAACCGGUCCAUCAGACACCUGUCUCUGGGCAAGAACUUCACCAACAUCAAGUCCAAAAAUCUGGCUCCAGUGUUGGACAACCUGGUCCAAAUGAUCCAGGAGGAAGACUCGCCCCUCACCUCUCUGUCCCUGGCGGACUCACGGCUGAAGAGCGACCUGACCAUCGUUCUGAACGCCCUGGGCAGCAACUCCUCCCUCACCCGGCUGGACAUCAGCGGCAACGCCAUGGGGGACAUGGGCGCCAAGAUGCUGGCCAAGGCCCUGCAGAUCAACACCAAACUCCGGAUAGUGAUCUGGGACAAAAACAACAUCAGUCCCCAGGGCCUACAGGAUGUAUCACUCGCCUUAGAGAAGAACUUCACCAUCCGCUUCAUGCCCAUACCCAUCAUUGAUGCCUCUCAGGCACUCAAGGCCAACCCAGAGAAGACCGAAGACGCCCUGUUGAAGAUUGAAAACUACCUGUACCGGAAUCAUGAAACCAGGAAGUACCUCCAAGAACAGGCCUAUCGGCUGCAGCAGGGCAUCGUCACCACGACGACACAACAGAUGAUCGACCGGAUCUGCGUGAAGGUGCAGGACCACCUCAACUCCCUGAGGAACUCUGAGACGGACAUCGUCCUGGAGGAUGUCAGGUCUGCCGAGAACUUCAUCCGAGACGCCCGGAACUCCAAAACGCUCCUUCCCAACCUCUACCACCUCGGAGCCGUGUCCCGGGAAGAGCUCAACAGUGCCACCGUGGGGCCUAUCCAGGAGAAGCUGGAGUCCAUGGCCGGGGAGGUGGCGUCCGUCAUGGACGAUCAGCUGCAGGCUCUGCUGGGCUCCAUGGUGGACGCGGCCGAGUCUCUGUGUCCCCACGUGAUGAAGAGGAGCAGCCUCCGCCAGGACCUGCUGAAGGCCUGCACCUCCAAGAUGGUGGUGCCCACCAGCUUCGUCACCAAGACGCUGUUGGAGCAGUCGGGCGUGGACAUCAUCAACAAGAUCAGUGAGGUGAAGCUGAGCUUGGCGUCCUUCCUGUCCGACCGCAUCGUGGACGAGAUCCUGGAAGCUCUGUCCAGCUCACAACACACUCUGGCGGACCACCUGGUGCGUCGGGGCCGGCCCCUGCUGCAGCAGGGCUCCCUGGACCUGGAUGUCCCAGAGGAGCGGGUCCCUAAGAGGGCGUCCAUGGAGAUCCUGGAGGGCGAGCGACUGGACGACCUCGAGUGCAUGAUGACCCCUAAAUCCAAGAGGAAAAGCAUCCACAGCCGAAUGCUGCGGCCGGUGUCCCGUGCCUUCGAGAUGGAGUUCGACCUGGACAAGGCCCUGGAGGACGUCCCCGUGCACAUGGAGGACGCGCCCGCCUCGGCCCAGGCCCCGCCCGCCGCCGCCUCGCACAAACACGACAAGCGUCCGUCGGGCGCCAUGGGCGAGCUGCCGUCGCAGGAGGCAAAGAAGCUGCAGCACUUCACCAAGCUGCGGCCGCGCCGCAACAAGAAGCUGCCCUCCACUAAGAUACCCCAAACGGGCCGGGCCCCGGCUCAGGACGGCGAGCAGAACGGCCUCAUGGGACGCGUGGACGAGGGCGUGGACGAGUUCUUCUCCAAGAAGGUGGCCAAGAUGGACUCCAAGCGUGCUUUGAAGAGCUCCGACUCCCAGGACGGAGAGAAGAAGAAGAGUAAGGGCUUCCUCAACCUCAUCAAAUCACGCACGUCCAAAUCGGAUAAAUCCGACAAGUCGGACAAAGCGGAGAAGUCUGAGAAGAGCCAAGCGUCUCCCCAGGCCUCGGCUUCUGGGUCUCCCGCCGCCACCCCCCCCAUCCCUGAGGAACCCGCCUCCCCGAAGAUGGGCCUUAAGAGCCCCCCACUGGAGCACAAGUCCAGGGAGUCCCGGGACGCCAACACCCGCUCCCAGCACACGGACUACAGCAGCAGCUCGGACCGCUCGGAGGAGCUGCGCACCCCCGACUCCAUGGACGAGCCCUGGGAGGGGGGGUCCGACGGCCGGGCCAGCCCGCUGGGGGGGCGGCGCUACCCCGGGGUGCAGGUGAUGGGCUGUGGCCUGCUGGCCGAGAUGAAGGCCAAGCAGGAGAGGAGAGCCCACAAGUCGUCGAGCCCAGACAGACCCGACAGCAACUCGACAGCCAAGCCCCUGGCCCCCCAGGCACCCGACAGCCGACCGGCCCCCGCCUCCAAACCGGAGCCCGCUCCCUCCGGGCCCCCGGAGAAGACCGGCCCCGCCCCCCGGGGCGAGACCAAGGCGGAGGCGGUAGGCCCCCCCCGCCUCCGGGCCACCUCCUCGCCGACCCCCGGCGGGAGCCCCAAGCCCCCCGUGCCUCAGGGGACCAAGCCCGUCCUGGGGGCCCGGCCCAGCAUCGCACUGAAGCCACGGACCCCCAGCAGCAGGAGCAUUGACGACCCCUCAGACUCCCCUAGAGCUUCUCCUAAGGUUGCCAUUCUCCCAUCCGGCCUCAAGAGGGCGCUCUCGGACAAGGAGAAAGACGGCAGCUCCAAGGAGGGGGGUGCCUUCAACCAGACAGCUGCACAGGAUGAGAAAGAAUCGCCACCCCAAAGCACUAUCUCCGGCGGCGAUCCAAGUGUGACCAAGGACGCCCCCCCCACCGACAAGGCAGUGGAGCCCAAGUCAUGUGACUCCAAGGGGAAAGGCGAAAAGAACUUAAUCUUACCCUAACCGAAGAACACAAAAUCCCCCGAUGACGCCGAGUGAUCAGCUGAUGGGACAGUGGGACAUAUGUCUCCUUUUGGUAUUUUUGUGUGGGGUUGGCCGAAGGGUCAGUCGGGGGACGGACAAAUCGACCGCGUUGGCAAGAGCUUGUUCGGCUAAGCUUUGACCCAGCUGACCGCCAGAGCGAGACAAACUGUGAUUUCUUACGUAGCAUAUUCCUAACGCAACGGAAGGACGUGCCACGCGCUUCAACCUGACUCUCAUCCGGGAGUGAGCGCUUUCAGGUUUUACAGAACUGUUGGCCCGAUUUCCAUUCACACCGUUCACUUGCUAGCCUAACCAAACCAAACUCCUUCCUUUAGGCCAAUGUGUGUGUGUGUGGAGCGUAUGCUAGUCUAACUCGAGGAGGUUAACGCAAUAGCCCAGUUCUAGCCGCGGCCUGUCCCAGGGACCAAUGGUUACGAUAACAGAAUCACUGUACUGUACUUGAACUCUGAAUACAUGACUUAACUAACACACCGUCACCUUACUAUCUUGUCCUUACUUUUGCAAACAAUACAUGCAAUACUUUACUCUUUGUUUUGUCAUCCCUGUGUAGGGGGAUUUCUCAAGCCAAUAUGCAAUUCACUUUACUUGAAAUUACUGGAUAGUUGAAAAAAGUUUGGUUGAUUUAGCUCGCCUGACGUCAUCGGAUUCAAAAAUGAUGUCAGUUUCUUUGCCAGAUCAUCGAUCUGCAAAUAACUUUUUACUUCCCUGAUUUGCCACUCCAAACAUUGUGGCUCGCAUUCACUCACUCACUCACUCACUCUGCAUGGAAGUGACUUGGAUUCCGUGCUGCGUUGCUUUCCCUCAUAACCCAUCAGUCUGGCUACAGAACUGUUAAUCUGUCACACUGUGCUCGGCACAAUACACUGUGCAAGAGACUAUCUUUUCUGUUUUCCUGUUAACAGUGUAUUGGCUGGCAGAAAAACAAUAAAUAAUAAACAAAUAGAAUACAUUUUAUAACGCGUGUCUCGUUAAGAGGACGGGCAUUCAUGUCUGUCAUGACAGCGAUUCCUGCAUGUGUGCUUUAGGCUGUGAGCCGUACACGCAACUGCUCCUGAAUGUCGCUGCAAUGUGGGUCUCAAGACACUCGUCCGUGUCUGCUAGAAUGUGUAGCGCUAUUUGGUCUAUUGCAUUUUGGCAUUAAAGAUGAAAGGUCACAAAGGUUUUUCACAAAGCCUGUAAAUGAUUUAAGCAGCAGACGGAGUCAUUGCUUCUACAGGUAUUUCAACAGGUUUUGCCUCCAACAGGGAACACGUUUCCGAAGUCACAGGUUUUUUUUAAACUGAUUGUCGUUCUUGGCGUGGACACUGAAAUAAUCCAAUAAACCAAGGCUUUCCCGGAAGCUGAGGUAUCGCUAGCUUUCAUCUCUGACUGGUUACUGAGGUUUUUCUGACUUUCGUAAUCAUUUAUUGGAUGAAUCAAUAAAACAGGCCUAACAAAAGCCGUUGUAUUCUCUGUGGUGAAUUCAGGUCACAUUUGCUCUUGAAAUUAUGUAUAGAACUCAAGGAUUUAGUUUCCGUUAAAUCAAUGGUGAAGCACGCUAGUUCACUCUUCAUAUGUUGCCUUCAACAUGUCUACAGUCAGUGUUUGGAGAAUCACAGCAUCAAAUAGUCUGGUUAUAUUUUAAGGUACAAGGAACAACAAACACAUGCAACUAUAUAAUUUAAUGGUUUGACUGUAAUGGUAUUUUCGAGCAGAAUUUCCUUUUUGCUCCGUUUGUCAAAUGUACUUUAGUGUUGGUCCAUGUUUUUUGAAUAAGGUGGAAUUUGGGGAUGUUAAAAAUGAACUUAAUGCUCAUUGUGGACUUCUUUAGUCUUAUAGAGAAACACCGUCUGAAGAGAUACAAGUCGGUUAAGAUUUACUCUUGGACCCCCAGGGUGAUAAAAGAAAAGGUUUCCCACAGGCGUCUUCCAUUCCCUGAUUGCUUUCGCCUGCACAUGCUUCAGUUAUGUAGGGAUAGCAGCGGCCAUCUUUCUCUGUGUGUGUGUCUGUGCGCGCGUGUGUGUGUGUGUGUGUGUGAGAGCGCGAGAGAGAGACUGCACGACAGGACUGAGUUGUAUUGUAGGUUUACAUAUGUGUUUUUCAUACAUGCGGGUAUGUGUGGAGACAUGGAUGUGUAGUAUAUGCACAAGUGAUGGAAAAGUACACUGUGAUAUGUUCACACACCUUUGUGAAGACAGCAAAUCAAGUUUUGGUACUAAGUAAACUACUAUACUACAGAUUUGUAUGUAACUUAUUUUGGGGGGGGGGGGUUAGGGGUGGCAAACGACAAGUCGGUGGUGUCUUCAUUUUUUUUUGUUUUGCAUGUAAAUAGUCUGAUGCAGACGAUAGAUCUUUGUGCAUAUUACUUUGUCAUACAACGUAAUCAAUUGAUUCAAUCAAAUGUUCUUGUGCCAUGAAAAGAAAAGGUUUGAUUCAUGUUUUAAUCGUAUGAAAUGAUUAUUUCGUAUUUGUUUCGGAUGAAUAUUCCAUCUUAUCAUCCCGUUCGCAGUCUUGUUUGUACGUAGAUGUAGGUUGAUUUCCUGAUAAGUUAACGUGUCUUAUGGCUCUAUUAUAUCAUUCUACUGGUGUUGAACAGUGCUCUGUGUGAAUACUAAUACAAACAUUAAAAGAUUUUUGCAGGCUUUGAAACAAAAUCAAACA